GCGGGCGGGGCGUGACGAGAGAUGUGGCGCGCGCUGCGCCGGGCCGGGAGCGGGGCUUCUUGGAGCGGCCCCGGCGUGAGGGGAGAGCGGCGGGUCCCGAGCGCACGGACAGGCAAUAGAGUGUGUGCUACCAUCACGAUGCCUGAAGUAAACACAGAUCAGCUGGAUGAGCAGCAGGUGCAGCUCUUGGCAGAGAUGUGCAUCCUUAUAGAUGAAAAUGACAAUAAGAUUGGAGCAGAUACCAAGAAAAACUGUCACUUGAAUGAAAACAUUGAUAAAGGUUUACUGCACCGAGCUUUUAGUGUUUUCUUAUUUAAUACAGAAAAUAAACUGCUGCUGCAGCAGAGGUCAAAUGCAAAAAUUACAUUUCCAGACUGUUUUACCAACACAUGUUGCAGUCAUCCUCUAAGCCAUCCACAAGAACUGGAAGAAAAUAAUGCCAUUGGUGUUCGGAGAGCAGCACAGAGACGACUGAAAGCAGAGUUGGGAAUUCCCAUGGAGCAGGUAACUCCCGAAGAGAUCUCCUACCUGACACGAAUACACUACAAGGCCAAGUCUGAUGGGAUCUGGGGAGAACAUGAAAUAGACUAUAUCUUGUUUGUGCAGAAGGAUGUGACACUGAAUCCCGACCCCAACGAGAUCCAAAGCUACUGCUACGUGACACAGAAAGAACUGAAACAGCUCUUGGACAAAGCUGCCAGGAAUGAAGUUAAGAUUACUCCAUGGUUCAAGCUGAUAGCAGAGACCUUUCUUUUUAAGUGGUGGGAUAACCUGAGUAACUUGAACAAAUUUGUUGAGCAUGAAAAAAUACACCGAAUGUAAAUAGCUGGGAUGAAAGGUGCUGAAGGCUAACAACGAUGUGUUGUCCUAUUAACACUGAUAAAUCAUGACUUAAGUGCAGAGAAUUGGUCCACAUGGAGCAUGUUUAAUUUAUACAGAUGUUGUUAUAGCCAAUGUUUUUUCUUCUUCUUCAUCAUCUCUUCCCCCUCCUCCUCGGUUCUCUUGGGUGAGUUAAGCUUGAUCUCAUGUAAAAUGGGUAACAGUAGCAUGAAACCCCUGGGUUCCUCUUCCUCCAUUGCCUGGUGAAAGAUCCUCAGCCUGUGUGUGCCCUGCACACCUGGGAGGGAGCCUGGGCACCUCCUGCCCAGCUCAAGCAGAAGAGCUGGGGUGUUCCCACUGAACUUGGCCACGCCUUAAAUAGUGAUUACACGAUUGUGGGCUCUGCUGUGAUGUUAAGACCAGUUGCCAGAAGAAAAAAAAAACAAUUCAAAGUAAUCAGGAUUAUUUUUAAUUGCAGAAAGCAAAUCUCUUCAGCUACUGUACUCUAUUAUUAACCAAACCCAUAAAAGCUUAAGUAAUUGGAUUGUCUGUGUGGAGUGAGUUUGACUUUGAAGUGCUGACAUAUGUGAUAACACUUUAGAUAAUAAACAGUGUUUGGGGUCUUUUUCCCCACCAGGCUUCUCUGAUUAGCUAAGUACUGGACAUCUCUUAAAUUAAAAAAAAAAAAAAGGUUAAUUACACCAAAUGUAAAUGGUAGCUGUCUAAUGCCAGUAGUCUGUCUUUGGAGACAGGAUAUGCACUAAAUGGCUCUUCUCAGUUUUCCAGGAAACAAAGGCAUCUUGAUACAAGGGCUUUUCUUUUCCCGUAAUAGUCAUUCCCAGACAACUCAAACCCACUGAACCCCAAAAUUCAAGACUGACAAUUUGUGGGCUUACAGUGGGUCUUGAUGUCAUUUAAUUAGAAAUUGUACCAGAGUACCAGAGCUAAUCCUUUUUGAUCUUGCAGUCAAUUGCUAGUAACAUGGAAGGCUUUUUUCAAUGAGACAAAUACUUAAAGGUGCUUCAAUUUUAAUUACAGAUUCGGGAGGGAGGAUCCCCAAAGAAGUUUGUGAUUUCUUCUGUUAGCACACUACUCAGGCUAGGUUUCUUAAGCUCUCCCAGAGCCUGAUGAAAUAGGAUGUUUGUCAUUCCACUUCUCAUUGCAAGUAAACCGUGGUUUUAACAAGUCUGUCUGAAUUCGGGGUAAAAUUAACUUUUUCCAGUGGUCAGGGUUUCUCUUUCUCAUCCCAAUUGUGACUGCAGCACUGAAGUUUCUGUGUACUAGCACCUCCAGAGGUUCGACACGUAGAGGUUUUAGAGCCAAGUUUGUACGUGGGCCAGAACUGAUGUGUUGUUUCAAAGCAAAUUAUAUCGGGUGAGGGGACAGUGAUGUGACGUAGCAGCUCUCUUGAAUUCAGUGCUGUCAGCCAUGGUACCCAGCUGUAGGUACGGAGUAGUUUUCAAAUACUUUUUAAAUCUAACUUUAUAAUUAAAACACCUUACCUAAA